AUGGUACCGCAUCAGGGUAGACAGGUGGAAGGGUAAGGUCGUCUUUUCGCAUCAACAAACCGUGGAGCGACAGGAGCUGCCGCCGAUCUGGCCCCGUCCUCGCCGCCCUCUCCUCGUCUCCGCGCGAGGCCCUCGGCACCCCGCGCAGGCAAGCAUGCCGAAGCCAUGGGGGCCUCCUCCCGUCUCCUCCCUGCAUCGUGAUGGGGAGGCCGCCAAAUCUAAGCUGAAGCAGGCCGACGACCCCCCCUCCCCUUCCCCUCCUCCCAACACCGAUGAUGACCACUGGCAUCGCGACUCCGGCAACUGGCGCUACAAGAGACGAAGCAGGGAAGAUGAAGCUGCCCCGCCGCCCUUAGGGGAGGACCUCCUCCUUGCCGUGAUGGGUCAGCCUACGCGCUGCAGCUUCCUCAAUCCUUCCUGGAUGUUCAGCAGAAUGCCCAGGUUUUGGAGAUAUCAAGAAAUCCUGGAUUUUUCACAUUUUGACACCAAUGUCCUUAACCAGCCAUCUGUCACAAUUCUCUACAUUUCACAAUAUGCAGCUGAGAGCAUACGUUCUCUACUUUGCAUCAACAAAGUCCUUGUUGAUGUAUACGGUGAUCCAGAACUCCUUGUUGCAUAUGGUACAGUUUGA